AUGUGGUCUAGAGGCAUGUCUGCCGUUGGCGGCAGUCUAUAUCUAGCCUCGCUGGCUGUUGCAUCAUUUGAUGGCAACCUGAACUACAACAGUCCAUCCCGACGCCACAGCAAUCUCGGCAUUGAUGUCACUCUCGUCAACCGUCGUAGUUUCAAGCGAGGGGCUAUCCCCUGGUCGCCGGAGCAGCUCAACUUCACACAUGGUGUGGCCUCGGGUGACCCAUACCCGGACAGCGUCGUUCUAUGGACCCGUGUCGCGCCAGGUAUGGAGUCCGACACCAGCAAUGUCACGGUGGAAGGCACCGCACCGCUAUACAACACCGACAGGGACCCGUACAUCGAGGCUGACCCCAACCCCGUCUGUGUGGAAUGGAAGGUCUUCGAGACACAGGCAUCUACAUCGAGUACAUGCUCGUGGUCAUGGCCUUUCUGUCUCGUGAACCCUGACUGCAGCUCAUGCUGCAAGCCAUUUUCUACUUGUUCUGCUACUGCGACCAAUGCGCAUGGGCGGGUGGUUUCGAGUGGGACGGCGUACACCACGAGCGACAUUGACUACACUAUCGAAGCUACUAGUCUGCAACCAUUUACGACCUACAACUACCAAUUCACAAUAUGCGGCUCUGAUAGAGUGAGUCCUUUGGGACGCACGAAGACAGCUCCUAGAGCUGAAGACGACUUGGCUCAGGUCAAAUUCGCCAUCUUCUCCUGUUCUAAUUUCCCAUUGGGGUAUUUCAAUGCAUACGGAAAUGCGGCUCGCAAAGAUGAACAUGAUUACGUGAUCCACCUUGGGGACUACAUUUAUGAAUCUGCAGGCGCUGGCCAACGGGCGCACAAGCCGGAGAAAUAUGUCUUCAGCUUGCCUGAGUACAGAACCCGUCACGGUCAAUACCGCACCGACCCGGAUCUGCUCCUAAACGCGCAGAAUUUUGCCUGGAUUCCAACCUGGGACGACCACGAGGUGGCGAACAAUGUGUACCGAGAUGGAAUGAGUGCUCUGUUCAACACAGAGAACUCUUUCCUCAAGAAUGGAGCUUCAAUCAGCGUAGAUCAACGCAAGAUGAACGCCGUGCGAGCGUACUGGGAAUGGAUGCCGAUUCGACAAGUCGACCUGGACGAUAACCUGCGCAUUUGGCGAUCUUUCCAGAUGGGUAAGCUGCUAGAUCUCAUUAUGCUGGACACGCGAAAUUAUGACAGAAGCAUCACGGACUUGGGUAACACUUUCACCGAAUACAUCGACCUUAUCAAGGAUGAUGGUGGGAGGUCCCUAAUGGGCUCCCACCAGGAGCACUGGUUCUACCGACAAUUAUCUGAGUCGGCCAAGCGAGGCGCAACAUGGCGCAUCAUUGGGAACCAGGUCAUAUUUUCAAGACUGGAGUUCUCGCAAGGGCUCGGUCUUGAUACCUGGAGUGGCUAUGCCUCCAAUCGCAACCGGACACUGAAACACCUCUACGACAAUAACAUCCACAACAAUAUCUUCCUCGCGGGUGAUAGUCAUCAGAGCUGGGUAUCGGAUCUUGCGUGGCGAGGCGAUAAGCCGUACGACGAGAACACAGGCCUGGGCGCAAUCGGCGUCGAGUUCGCAGGCACGGCCGUCACGUCGCCAGGGGGGGAGGUCGGAAGUAUAGCAACGCUCGAGGCGCAAUCGCAAGUCGACGUCGAUGCCAACCCAGAACUACAGUGGGCGGAGGGUUAUUACCGGGGAUACUUCAUCCUCACGGUCACGCCCGCGGAAGUCAAUGCUCAAUUCUAUGGAUCACCCAGCGUCGCAACACGGAAUCCUUGGGACCUGUCAUUGGCCAACUUUACAGUUGUAGUAAAUGAUAAUCAUCUGGCGCGGCCAGUCGCAGGGGGGUCGGUUGAGGCUGGUCAUGUACAGGGCGGCGAGGUCAAUCCUACGAAUGUUACACUGAAUACCGAAACAGGCGAGUGGGAUAUUGUUGGAUACGAGACCAUGUAUCUUAGCAUCAAGUAA